AUGUACAAGGGAUCGAACCUUGACAGCAAUGCCAAGCAGUGGAGGCUGGCUGCUGACGUCAUCAAUGAUGUCGGAAUGCUUCUGGAUCUGCUUUCGCCCCUCGUGCCCUCCGCCUUCCUGCCGCUGCUAUGCCUUGGGAGUAUCUCACGAGCUAUAACCGGCACGGCCAGUGGGGCCACCAGAGCGGCACUUACACAGCACUUUGCUAAGAGGCAGAACGCAGCAGAUAUUUCAGCCAAGGAGGGCAGUCAGGAGACAGCAGCAACGAUGGCAGGCAUGCUGGCAGGGAUGCUAGUGGGGCAGCUGGUGGCGGGUAACGUGCUGCUGCUGUGGGCUGUCUUCCUCUCUCUCACCGCCUUCCACAUCUAUGCCAACUACCGCGCUGUGAAGAGCCUGUGCCUCACCAGCCUCAACCGGGAGAGGGCUGCACUGCUGCUGCUGGCGUACCGAGGCGAUCAGACGCAAGUCCUCUCACCAACCGCUGUCUCUCUACAGGAGCGCCUCAUUCCCUCCCUGCCUCAGGACAGCCACGGCAGGGCGCACAUGCUCAUGGGGCAUGUGCAUUUGGGAGCUCGGUUGAGUGACUUGCACGGCAAGAAACUAGACCUUGCGGUGCGGCAAGCCAUCAGACGCUAUGCCAAAGGCCGUUACCUUCUGGUGUUCACAUCCACAAGAUCACCAUCAUUACAAUCACAAUCUCCACCAACACCAUUGCCAUCAUUGCCGCACGUCCACGCCAUCAUUCAUCGAGAUGCAUCGAAUGUGGACGUGCUUCGGGCGUACAUCCACGCUCUCAUAGCCCUCCAAGAGGUCUGGCAAGAUGCUCGGAAUGCAAUAGGCCCGGAUGCAGGCUCGGCAGGAAGUGGAGCUUUGUCGAGGCUGUCACCAGUGGAGGCGGCGGAGGCUCGGGCAGCUGCCUGGAUGGCAUCAGAGUAUUCACAGUUUCUGGACAAGCUCUCUGCUGCCCACUGGGCAAUCAAUGUCGUGCAAUUGUCACCAGGGGAAUGGCGGGCAGAAUGGCCGCAAUCUUCUUUAGAUUAG